GGGCGUUGAUGCAACCUUUUUCCAUGGCAGGGGACUCUCCCACGGUGUUCCCUCCACUUGAUGUGGGAGUAAUGUUUUGCUUCUGUUCCACGGUAGGCUGAAGAACGAGAGGGAAUCCUCUGUGCUCUUUCGUUUUGAGUACUUUCAGCUUGAACUAUGUAGGCUGUGCUUCUGUGCAAUAUGAUUAAGCGGUCUUUCAACUGUGGAUAUUUUAGAAAUGGAUUUCCCUGAACGUGACCUUUUGAGAUAUAUAUGUAUCUCAUCAAAGUACUUUGUCCUCUAAUUAAGGCUGUGGUUAAUGUAUCGUAGCACCAGUGAGUAUCUUGACUAUGAGUGACCAGGAAGGUUCUUGGAAGUUUCUUGAUAUGCAUACCGGUCAUCCAUCGGAUUCAGAAAGAUGCGACAGCACAGAGCUUGAUGAUGAAAUAAGGAUUCUGAUAGGGAAGAGUGGUGCUUGGGAGUCCUGUAAGAAUCUGGAGAGCAGCUCACAUCCCCUGAACGCCUUUAGUGAACACAGCACCCGACAGAUGCAGGUGGGCGUGGAGGAUGAGAAGAGAACUUCAAGCAGCCUGUCAGAGGAUAUAUUGGCAAAGAAGAUGCCAGUAGGUGUACUGGAAAAACAGAUUAUAUCAUUGGAAAAACAGAGGCAAGAGCUGCUGGCAGUGAACCAUCAAUGGGAUCAGCAGUUCAGGCGAAUGAAACAGCAGUAUGGAAAAAAGGUCACAGAUGUGAAAGCACAACUGGAAACAAUGCAGAAGAGUGUCAAGGAACUGGAAAAAGAAAGGCACCAAAUGCAGCAGGAGUGUAGAAGGCUGGAAGCCCUGGCUACAAACAGCCUCCUACAGGAAAUGAGAGACAAAAAAAUCCUUAAGGAAGAGAAUAGACUUCUGAAAGAAGAAACCUCCUUAGCAAAUACAAAAAAGAUGCAUUAUGAAUGUGAAAUAAGUCGGCUUAACAAGGCGCUUCAGGAUGCCCUGAAAAAUCAAAGUGCCCCCUUGAAUGUGGCUCCUGUGAACACCCAGGAUAUGAACUGCAACCAUGAAGAGAUGAAAAUGCAAAUGGAAGUUCUCAGGCAACAGGUUCAGAUAUAUGAAGAAGACUUUAAAAAGGAAAGAUCUGAUAGAGAGAGACUUAAUGAAGAAAAAGAAGCACUGCUGAGAAUUAAUGAGAGAAUACAGUUUCAGUUGGACACCCUAAAUUCUCAGGUUAAAGACUGCCAGGAAGAAAGGGAACUACUUGAGAAGCAAGUAAAGCAACAGGCAAGAGACCUCCAAGCAUUUACAGAAAAACAUGGCUUCCCACAUCAGAUGUUUGUUCCUGCAUGUUUUAGUUGCAAGAACUGUGGGUUACUUCACCCUUACCCUGAACCUCAAAUAACAUUGGCCUCGUGCAGCAUUCACAGAAAGCAGCAGUGCCCACCAGACUAUCAAUGGUAUGUUCCCGACCGGUUUCCGCCAGAUGUGCCGCACAAGGCAAAUGAUGCCUCCUCAGAAAACAAAGGUCCCCACUUGUACCAUACGAAGAGAGAGAACCAAAGCAAAGACAAAGAGCCAUCCUGACAUCACCUUGUAACCGCCGUUACAUUUUCUUGUCCUAUUGCACUCUAUUUUAUAUAAUAUACCAUUAUAUAACAUACACACAAUGGGAGAUUUCUAUGACUGUGGCAAAGAGACAGAUUCACUUCCAGCCAUAGUUAUUGUUGUGGAAAGACUUUCUCCUCUCAUCCCUUUCUUUUAAAAUAGACUGUACCAAACUGGUUGCAACUGUUAAUUUAUAAAUAAAUGUCUGAGAGAUUUUAGGAAAUGUGGAAGUGAGUGGUGUUAUGGUGGUUUGCAAGGCAAAACGUCUGUAUGCGGAUCAAGGAGAGGGGAAUUCUGUCCUUAUCUUUGGGCACCAGAGGAGCUGGUAUUGCAAGCAGAGUUGUGCAUAUAAAAUGUGGCUAAUGGGAUGUUUGUCCCAUCCACAUGGAGCUCACUGUGUGGUCUAUAACCCUGCAUUUGGUCAGGGUUGACUGUAGCACCCCCCCUCACUUCACCGUCAUUCAGUGCCUAAAAGUAAAGCAAGUGGGGGUUCUUUUUUCUCUGUCACCCUCUGUGUUGUAGAUCUGCUUUAAUAGUCAGAUUCCUGCCCUGAGCUAGGGAGUCGGAGCAGAUGACCUUUAAACUUCCUACUCACUGUAAGAUUCUAUGGCCACCACAUGGCAAUCCAGCAAUUUUGUGAGCAACCUGCCUCACUGGCUGCUGCAGCAAAUGUUUGUAUUUGGUUUUACUGCUAUUUGGCUGGGCUGCGUCUCAAUCCCCAUUUUUAGUUUAAGAAUCAUCUCGUUGUCAUUCUGAAUUCUACAGUGCAUCUCUUUGAGUACGUUAGUCUGCUAAACUGGCUUGCACAGUGUGUGAUCCACCACUUCAAACAUAGCCAACCAGACAUGCACUGUUGCUUUGCUGGAGGAUUAACAGUCUCUGUACUUAGGCAACCUUUUGCAGACAGAAGAACAAAUGUGUUUCAUAGAAGCCCUGCUGAGCCACCUUAGAGGGCUAUUGGGCAGCAAUUGAUUUGGUGGGUCAGUAGCAAUCCAUCAGCCGUUUAUUAUGGUCAGUAGUCGUGUUGGGCUGUAUUGAUUGUGACAAUGCUUGCUGUGUCCUCAAGCCACUUAUUCAGAACAGUCUCAUCCAUAUCAUAUAGCCACUUGUAAGGUUCAAUAUUGCAAC